GCCCACCAUCAGACUGACUGAACGAGGGGGACUAUACAGUAUAAAUAGUAGCCAGAUAAAGGCGAGGAGUGAUGCAGUAUUCACCUCUGAGCUGGAGAUUCACUGAACACACACAACACAGCAGCAGACAUGGCUCAAGCUCUUGACAUCGAUCGCUGGAACCUGGAGUGCGAGUUCAACAACCUCGACCAUCGCACCGAUCUCAACGGCGCAGACCGUCUGAUCGUGAGGAGAGGCCAACCGUUCAACAUCAGCCUGUACCUUCGCUCCGGGACCUACCAGCCAGGAGUCAGCUCUCUGGACUGCGUCGUAGAGACAGGUCCCCAACCCUCUGAGCAGUAUGGCACCAGGGCCUCCUUUGGUCUGACUGCCAACAUUGACACUUCCCGCUGGAGCGCUGCUGUCAUCAGCCCCCCCGGGGACAUGGCGGCCCUGUCCAUCUGCUCUGCCCCUGACGCUCCCAUCGGCCGCUACACCCUGACCCUGGGGCAAUCGGGACGGAUUGAGUUCAUCCUGCUCUUUAACCCCUGGUGCCCAGGAGAUGCAGUAUAUAUGGACAAUGAGCAGCAUUUGGCAGAGUACGUCUUAUCUCAGGAUGGAAUCAUCUUUCGAGGCAGCAACAAACAUCCCAUACCUUCUGCCUGGAACUUUGGCCAGUUUGAAAGUGGAAUCCUUGACAUCUGUCUGAGGAUUCUGGAUACGAAUCCCAAAUGUCUGAGAAAUCCUGGCAAAGACUGCUCAGGGAGGAGAAAUCCCAUCUAUAUUUCCAGAGUGCUUAGUGCUAUGGUGAACUGUAAUGAUGACAAAGGGUUGGUGCUGGGAAAAUGGACGGAUGGCUAUGAAGGAGGCGUCAGCCCCUUGUCCUGGAAGGGCAGUGUGGAGAUUCUGCGCAACUGGGACAAACAAGCGUGUCAGCCCGUUCGCUUCGGACAGUGCUGGGUGUUUGCUGCAGUGGCCUGUUCAAUUUCCAGAGCCCUUGGCAUCCCCUGCCGAGUCGUCACCAACUACCUGUCUGCCCACGACAACAACAGCGACCUGGUGAUUCAACAAUACAUCGAUGAGGAUGGAAAACUCAUUAAGUCCAGAGAAAUGAUCUGGAAUUAUCACUGCUGGGUGGAGAACUGGAUGAGCAGGCCUGACUUCAAAUCUGAUUUUAACGGCUGGCAGGCCAGUGACCCAACGCCUCAGGAGAAAAGUGAAGGAGUGUACUGCUGCGGCCCUGUCCCCGUCAGAGCCAUCAAAGAGGGCGAGCUCACGUCCAAGUACGACGCCCCGUUUGUUUUCGCUGAGGUCAACGCUGACGUCAUCACCACCAUGAGGAAAAAAGACGGCAGCACAUCGAAAGUCACCAACACUACGGCGGUGGGCCAGAAGAUCAGCACGAAGAGCGUUGGAAGUGACGCCAGAGAGGACAUCACUCAUCUCUACAAGUACCCUGAAGGCUCUGAUGAAGAGCGGGAUGCGUUCAAGAAGGCUAACCACCAAAACAAGCUGCUCCAGCAGCAGGAAAAUCAAGGCUUACACCUCACUAUCAAGGUCACACCAGACAUGAGGAAGGGCUGCGACUUUGACGUGUUCGCUGUGGUCACGAACAACACGCAGAGCGAGAAGAAGUGCCGCCUGGUGUUUGGAUCCUGCGCCGUGUCCUACAGCGGGGUUAUGGGGAAGAACUGUGGAUUUAAAGAUCUGCUCAAUGUUGAACUCUCACCGGGAGCAGAGAGGAGAGUUCCACUGAGGCUGAACUACUCUAAGUACGGCGACCGUCUCACUGAGGACAACUUGAUCCGUCUGGCAGCGCUGUUGAUUGACUCCAACAAAGAUGCAAUGCUGGCAGUGAGAAACAUUGUGCUGGACGAUCCUGAAAUCAAAGUCAGAAUCCUGGGUGAACCGAAGGAGAAUCGGAAGCUGGCUGCAGAGAUCACCCUCAAAAACCCUCUGCCAGAGCCGCUGGAGAACUGCUGCUUCAGCAUCGAGGGGGCCAACCUCACCGCGGGACAGGUCAUCUCUGAGAGACUGAGCUCUUCAGUGGGACCUGGGGAAGACGCCAAGGUGAAAAUUUACUUCACUCCCACCCACUCCGGGCUGAGGAAGCUGGUGGUCGACUUCGACAGCAACAAGUUGUGUCACGUCAAGGGCUACAGAAAUGUUAUCAUUGGAAAAUAAAGCCUUUUAGUCUUCACGGUCCAUUUGACGGCAGUACUGUUACUCUUUUGUCAGAACUGUUAACUGUUUAGCCAUCUAAAGAUUAGCGAAUGCACGCUCUUUUGCACAGUGUUUAAUACAUAAAAGGCUUUUUCUGUUCAAAUACUUUAGAUAUUCAUAUUGCUUCAUGUAUAUCUGUUUUUAUUCAGAGCCAUAGAUAUGUAAAUGUGAACGCUUUAUACUCAUUGAGGCUAAUCAAAUCUAUGCAUGCAAAACUUUUAACUGAAUAUGUGCUGUGAUCUGAAGUGACGAUUAGCAUUUUAAGUACUAUGUACUAUUUUUUAUACUUUUUCAGUGCUACAAUUAAAAGAGUUGUUACUCAUG